UGAUUAAAAAGGCAAAUAUUCAAAUUCAGAACGGCUUUUGAAGAAAUGGAAGUUUUAAGCUAAACCACCUGGUAUCACAAAAAUAUUUAAAUGUAGAUUUUAAGUAUUGACAUAAUAUUAACUGUGAUGUAAUAAUAUCGAUUUCACGUCCUAACCAAAAUCAACAUAAAAGCGAUUUUUCUUGUAGUUUGCGAGAACGAUGUUAAGAAAUUCGUAAUCGCAAGGUGCUUCCGGUAAUCAGUGACCCGGUGUUAUAUUUGUAUCCCCAGUUUAUUUUUAAAGCGAGUAUCUUGUGCAUGUUUAACAUCCUCACAGUAUAUAAGAAUAAAUUAUUUUUCAAGUUCCUGAAUUAGAUCAUCAAAACUGUGUUUGGUGAAUACUCAAAGUCAAGGUUUAUUUUCUCAGGAAAUGAAACAAUGAACAAUAGAUAUAUAAGAACGAAAUUGGUGCACUUAUUUUCGUUUACAAAUAAUUUGUAAGACAUGUUAACCAAUGGCCGAAGCAAAAUUCACUCCGCAGCAAAUAGAGAGAUUUAACGAUAGAAUAAAAAAUUGCUUGGAGGAUGCACAGUGCCGUGUAGUUUUCGAGCACUACUUGCGAAUCUCUCGUAAACCCGUACUCUACAAUGCCGUCAAGUUGUGGGUGGCUGCGAAUAGUACAGAUUCGUUCGACGAGGAUCAAUUCCUUGACCUCAUCGACGAGGUGGACGGUUUCAACGAAAAUCCCUUGCUGAGUUUAUCGGAAUGCGAACACAAGCUGGCCUACGUUAAAAUGGAAACUUGCAGGAUCUUGGAUAAGAUCCACCGUCUUUUUAUAGAGUACUUAAACACGCAUCACAGGUUGUGAUAUACCUAUUUUCUGUUGAGUUUUGCAAAAUAUAAUAUUUUCACGUA